AUGCGUUUCCCAGCAUUCACAACAUUUGUACGCACGCUCUACACUUUCGGCAACACAACUGCAAGAUUACUUCCACCUGCAACGCGGGGUAUCACGAUCACGAGCAGCCCCUUCCACUACAAUAACCGCGCAGCCAUCGUUCUCAAAUCUAUGCCAUCAAUCCCCUUCCUGAGCUCCUUCUUCGGCACAUCUACUCCUGCAUCAGAGAAAAUGUCGUAUCCCGACCAACGGUCCAAUGAUGAGUGGCGCGCAGUGUUAAACCCAGAACAAUUCCGCAUCCUCCGAGAAAAGGGCACUGAAGCCCCGUUUACAGGCGAGUACGACAAGCACCAACCCACGACCGGCGUGUACACGUGCGCCGCCUGCAACGCACCCCUCUACAAGGCAGACCAUAAAUUCAAAUCCGGCUGUGGCUGGCCCGCGUACUUCGAUAGCAUUCCCGGUGCCGUCACCAGACACACAGACAGCACAUUUGGCAUGCAGAGGACGGAGAUCGUCUGCAGCAACUGCGGCGGACACCUGGGCCACGUCUUCAAGGGCGAGGGAUACGCAACGCCGACCGACGAGAGGCAUUGUGUCAAUUCUAUAAGUUUGAAGUUCCAUGAAAAAGAGGACGGGAAGGACGGGGCUAAGUAA